CGCGCCUGUCUCGGUUCCUUCCUCAGCCGCCCGCCGCUGGGGUUCGAGCCCGCGUCCCAGGUCUGGGCCGCUUUGUGUCCCCUUUGUACUCCCAGGAGGCUUCAGGUUCCGGCCCUCGGACCCUGGAGGCAGCCAGCCCGUGACCUCCGUUUGACCUGCGCCUGGGCAGGAGCUGAGAAUGGCUCCCGUGCUCCUGAUGCCCGGCAGCCCACAGGCCUCCGUGACCUUCCAAGACGUGGCCGUGGACUUCACCGUGGAGGAGUGGGGGCGCCUGGCACCUGCCCAGAAGGAGCUGUACCGGGAGGUGAUGCUGGAGAACUACGGGCACCUGGUCUGCCUGGGGCUUGUGGUGUCCAGUCCUGAUGUGAUCAGCCAGCUGGAGCGAGGGGACGCGCCGUGGACGGCAGCCAGAGACCCCCCGAGAAGAAGCCGCCCUGAUGGUGACAUUAGAACUGGAACCAGUGAGUCAGCUCCAAAGCUGGGCCCUUCUGUGGAAGAAGCAUCCUUUGAGCGACUCACAAGGGGUGGUUCCUGUAUCUCUAGUUUCAGAAAAGCUGGAGCAUGUACUUCAAGGUUAGAGGGACAGCCAGACAAUAAAGAACAAAAUCUUCAUAAACGUGAUACCCACAGAAAGAGCUUCAGGCUACAGCCAGGCCGAAGAAGAUAUCACCGAAUCUGCUUAAAGAAGAUAUUUUCCAAGUAUAACGAGUGUGGGAAACCCUUUGAUUAUAAUUCAGGUCUUAUUGACUAUCGACUCAUUCAUGCUGCAGAGAAACCUUUUGAAUGUAAUGAAUGUGGCAAAGGCUUCCGCUGGAGCACCGAACUUACCGUCCACCAGAGAAUUCAUACUGGAGAAAAACCUUAUGAAUGUAAUGACUGUGGGAAGGCCUUCCGCCAGAGCUCGCAACUGACUAUACAUAAGAGAAUUCACACUGGAGAGAAACCUUACGAAUGCCUUGAAUGUGGGAAGGCCUUUCACCAGAGCGCAGGACUUACACAGCAUCAGGCAAUCCAUUCUGGAGAAAAACCUUUUGAAUGUAAUGAAUGUGGGAAAACCUUCCGCCGGAGUUCACAGCUUACAGGACAUCAGAGAAUUCAUACUGGAGAGAAACCAUAUAAAUGCAGUGAAUGUGGAAAAGACUUCCGGCAAAGCUCACAGCUGACGAUACAUAAAAGAAUUCACACUGGAGAGAAACCUUAUGAAUGUCGUGGAUGUGGGAAGGCCUUCCACCAGAGUGCAGGACUUAUGCAGCAUCAGAAAAUUCACACUGGAGAGAAGCCUUAUGAGUGUAGUGAAUGUGGGAAGGCCUUCCACCAGAGCUCACAGCUGACUGUCCAUCAGAGAAUUCACACUGGAGAAAAACCAUAUGUAUGUAAGGAAUGUGGGAAGGCCUUCCACUGGAGUUCACGGCUCACACAACACCAGAGAAUCCACACUGGGGAGAAACCUUAUGAAUGUAAUGACUGUGGAAAAGCCUUCCGCCAGAGUUCUCAACUCCUUGUACACCAGAGAAUCCAUACAGGAGAGAAACCUUACGAAUGUAAGGAAUGUGGGAAGGCCUUUCAUCGAAGCACAGGCCUCACACAACAUCAGAGAAGUCACACUGGAGAGAAACCUUACGAAUGUAACGAAUGUGGGAAAACCUUCCUGCAGAAGUCAUGGCUUACUGUCCAUCAGAGAAUUCACACUGGAGAGAAACCUUAUGGAUGUAAGGAGUGUGGAAAGGCCUUCCGCAGGAGCUCACAGCUGACUCAACAUCAGAUAAUUCAUACUAGAGAAAAACCUUUUGAAUGUCACGAAUGUGGGAAGACUUUCCACCAGACUUCUCAGCUUAUUCGGCAUCAGAUAAUUCAUACUGGAGAGAAACCGUAUAUUUGUAAUCAGUGCGGGAAGGCUUUCCGACAGAGUAAACACCUUACUCGACAUGAGAUAAUUCAUACUGGAGAGAAACCCUAUGAAUGCAACGAAUGUGGAAAGGCCUUCCGCCGGAGCAUAGAACUUACACGACAUCAGACAAUUCAUAGUGGAGGGAAACCUUUUGAAUGUAAUGAGUGUGGGAAAGCCUUCCGUCUGAGAACAAGACUCACUGAACAUGUGAGAAUUCACACUGAAGAGAAGCCUUAUGAAUGUAAUGAGUGUGGGAAGGCCUUCCGCCAGAGUGCCGGACUCAUACAGCACCAGAGAAUUCACACUGGAGAGAAGCCUUAUGGAUGCAGUGUGUGUGGGAAGGCCUUCCGCCAGAGCUCACAGCUUAUUCGACAUCAGAGAAUUCACACUGGAGAGAAGCCUUAUGGAUGCACCAUCUGUGAGAAUGCUCUCUGCCUGAGUAAACACCUUACUCCACAGUACACUACCCAAGUUGGAGAGAAGCCUUAGGAAGGUAAAAACCAUAUGAAUGUAAUGAACAUGAGGAUUUCAGCCAGAGUACACACUAUUACUUUAUUGUAGAGAACUUAUACCAAAGGAGAUCUUCUAGAUGAAGCAAGUCACUAUCCCCUUUCCCACAGUGGCCAUUCCAAACCAUUUCCUUUCUCACGCCUCAAGCCUUCCAUUUCCUCCAGUGUCUACACUUUCCCCCCAAGAUUGAGUCUCACUAAAUUGAACCGAUUUCUUAAGUUCCACAACCAUACAGUUCUUAUAAAUGUCAAUUGCUUUCUCUUAGGCCUUUUAGUGACAGAAAAUCACAAAACCACCUAAGUAGAGACGUGGCCCUCGGGUCAUCUUGUGCAAUCUCUAUGCUUGGAAAAACCUUAGCUCGAACAUAUAAAACAAGAUGGAAAUGUUUCCUCUCUCAGAGAGUGCCAGUGUUAGAGCCGUAAAGGACCUCCGAGGCCUCUAGUCCAACCUGUUCCUAGACAAGAACACCCUCGACAGCAGACCUGACAGUUGGUCAUUCAAGCUUUGCUGGAAGACCUCUUGUGGGGGUGGAAACCUUUUUGUCUUUAUGCACUCCAUUUCUGCACAAGCUCCUCCUAUUACUUGGUUCUGUCCUCUGGUGUCAAACAGAAAGAAGUCCACAUUCUAGUCUUUCAAAUACAUGACUGUAUCUAUCAUGUUCCCCCAUUGCUCAAAUACUUGACAAUACUGAUCCUGUUUCUCUCUCCCCCAACCCAGUAUCCAAUAAUCUGCCUGCUCUCUGCGUGAUCUCUGGCUCCACUGAUUCCAGCCACCUGAACUGAACAGAAUUCUCCAGAUGGUAUCUGACAAGGGCAGAGUUAAGUGCCAGAUGCUAUCGCUAGACGCUUUCUCUAAUCUCACUACUAAUCAAAUGAAUACAAACUCCAAUCCUUGAUAGUCUGGCCUAUCUAACACUGGCCCAUAUCCCUUCUUUGCAUCUUGUGUAAUCAUCUCCAGAAUCCUUCUGGUAUUAGUAUUCCCACUUUGUAGACGAGGAAAUCGAGGCUUGGAGAAGUUAUGACUUGUCCAUGGUAACAUUAAUGUUAUGUCUUCGGUAAGUCACUACUCACCAUUUCAAUGCCUUGCAAUCUCCUUUCCCAACCAUUUUGAUCUCUCAAAGCUCACUGGGAAACCUCUUUAUUGCUGUUCAAUCCAAAUCGUCCUUUGCCUUUAGUAGGUAUUUCACAGUGAUGGUUGCCAUUUCCUUUUUGAUAAUCUCUUCUCAUCUUUGGAGAGAAGCAGCUUAGCUUAGCUCUCUUAGCUGACCAGUGUUAUAAACAAAGAACAUGGCUUGUAAAAUCCCUUUCUAACAAACCUGUAAGGUAGGUGGGGCAAAUAUCCCCAUUCUAUAGAUGACAUCAGGAAAGGCAUUGAAGGAUUUCCUGUGGUCCAGCAGCUAGUCAGUGCUAACGUGGAAUUCUGAUCUAGCCUGGCAUUCUUUUCACUGUAUCAUGCUGGUAUUCCUCCUUUAUCUUUCCUUCUUUGUCUCCUUUGCUGGGUCCUUGAUCUUUUCCCAAGUCCGAGAGGGAAAGCUGGGUGCUCUCCAAGGUCCUAUCCUUGACUGUCUUCUUUUUAUAAUCACCUUGAUGUCAGAGGCCCAGGGACCAAGUCACCCCUUUCUCUUACUCGCUGUGACCUUGGCAAGUCACCUUCUGGGAGCCUGUUUCCUCUUCUGGAAAUGGGGGUGGGGUGGACUAGACCCCAAGUCUGGGCUCUAAACAGAUAACCCUAUAAAUCCAGCCCUGUGGCGCUGUCAUUUCUGCCAGAAGGACCGUGAUUCUCCCAGUGUCAUUUCUUCCUGAUAGCUGUCUCCCAGCUGUGUGGAAGGUUGGCAUCUGGACGUGCUCAAGGGGAUCUUUAUUCAGUCUAAUUCUGCUUUACCUUUGUCAGGUACUUAGCAAUGUUGUUAACCCGUUCCUUUGGAAUACUUGCUCAUCCUUUGCCUUUGGAAACACCACACUCUCUUCUCUUUGCCUGCCUCUUGGAGGUCAGAAAUAGCAGGGCGAGUUGCAAAGAGGCCAGUUUCAGCUGGAUACCAGGAAAAUGUUCUGAACUGGAGCCAGCCCAAAGGGGAAUGGGCCGCCAUUUAAAGCAGCAGCCACAGUGAGCCCCCGAGCAUGGCUGCAGGAGCACUUGUCAGGCCCCUGUAUGGGGGAUUCUUGCACAGGGGCCGGCCCAGGAGGCUGUGUGCCAGGCCCUGGUGAGGCACAUGCAGAAGUGAUACAGCCCCUGCCCUACGAUGCUUUACUUUCUCCUGGGGGAUACAACUCGUUCACAGAAAAGCAAAUACAGGAUCUCACAUUGGGGAGGCCCUCGCAACUGGGAAAUGAGCAGGAAGGAGGUGGCAAAUGAGCUGAGCCUUGGAGGGAGACAGGAGAGGAGGGGGAGGGGGACGGUCUUGUUCAGAGAACAGUUGAGUAUCUACUCCAGUUUAGCGGAGCGUGGGCAGGAGGGAGUCGUGUCAUCUCCUGGAAAGGUAGUGGGGGAGCCUCCAAAUGCCAAAGAGGACCUGGCAUUUUGUCCUUUGGGGAAAGGGGCCACUGCAGCUUUACCGGUGAGUGAUGUGGCCAGAUCAGUGCUUUAGCACUGUCUGUCUGGCAGCUCUUUUAGCAGUGGGAUAUGAGUGUCCAGUAACGGAGGGGAUGGUCGAGCAAAUGGUGAUCUGUGGAGGUGAUGGAAUAUGACAUUGACAGAAAUGACAAGACAUGAAAAUGCCCAGGAAGUGACGGAGUAGGGAAAGUAAAGGCGAGAAAGCAGUGUCCACACUGGCUGCAGAUACACCGACCACCACCACAGAAUCUGGAGAAUCCCCAGAGGAAAUAAAAAGAAGUAAAGGGGAUAUUUUUGGAUGAUUUUGUUAAAUUUGGUGCACACUUAAAAAGUACAUAUUGGAAAUGCAGAGGCCAUGGCAGGACCGGGUCGUGUGUGUCAGUGUUUUUGUUGAUUAUGAAGUUUAGAAUAAAGAAAAGCACUUUCCAGUUAAAUGUGAUUAAUAAAAUUCACUGUGACAGCCCAAGUUUUCAAAUUAACGUUAAAAAUAAUGAGGAGAGGUUCCCCGAGCCUUGUUGCAGGGACCUCCAGGUGUCUCUGAUGUGCCAGUGACGUCCCUAGUCUCAAAGCAUGGAGCAACGCGUGAUUAUUCUGGACGGCACUGGGGACCUCUGGGGCUGCCUGAAACCAACAGCCACCUAAAGACCAUGGAGUUUCCCGGUUACUAGUUUGUGAUGAAUGUCCUGGCAAUUGCUUCAUUUCCUGUUCAUUUUGACACAGGUAAAGCCCUGGUCCCUUCCUGCAACCCCCAGAAGACUCCAUCUCAGGAAAAAGACAGCACCCAGAGGGCAGAUUGGCCUGAAGGCUGUGGAGAAGAAAGGAGAUCUGGGGAAGCAGUAGUAAUAGAAAGAGGCAGGUUUAGGCUUGCUCUCAGAAAAACUUCCUAACAACGAAAGCCGUCCCCAAAUUGGGUGGGGUGUUUAAAGAGGAGCCGGGGCCACAGCUGAUUUAGGUGGCUUAACCUCAACUGCACUUUCAGGGCUGCAGACAACCCUUCUACACCCCCCUAUGUAGCCUGCUAUCCCAAGCACCACAGCAGAUCUUCCAAACCUUUUCGUCCCACAUCUGCCAUCGUCCACUUUCUCAGCUGAG